AUGUACAUCAUACUUGGCGACGAAAUUUGUGACGAGGAGGCUCGGGCCGAUGACGAGUCGACAGAAAGAGACAAUGCCACUCUAGACGAGGCGCCUUCGAUACACUCGUCUUUGGAAGACGAUCAGCCGUCUAUGGCCGACGUCUCCUUGCAGACGGGUCGGAGUUUGUUGAUCGACGACGUCGAGAAAAAAACACGGCUCACAAAACAAACGUCAACGACGCAGAUGCCGACGUUGUCGCCACCCGCGUGUCAUUCUCUCAUGACCCAAACGACGCAGGUCUCGUUACCGUGCGAAAACGUUCAAACGCAGGAGGCCAUAAAGGUUCUGAAGACCACGAAUAACGAUCAGGACGUAAUUGAGAUCGCGACCAAGUACGUGCCGUCCAGUCAAGAGACAACUUAUCAGGAACAAACCGACGUUCCGACUGGCGACGACAUCGUCGUCGACAUGAAGUAUCAGGACGCGAAGAAGACCGACAGUUCGACGAGCGAGUUGAACAUCGUUCACGUUGCGCCGCAAUCCUUCGAGACGGUUCUGGUCGAACCGGACGACGUCAUCACCGAGGUGGUCGUCGACGCGGACGGCACGAAGAGGAUCAUAGUGCGAAAAUUGCGACGUACCACCACGGUCAGACAGACCACGCAGCAACGUGUGUCGUCGUCCGCGCAGUCGGCGACGGGCUCGCCGAUGAUUCAAGCGUACUCGGAGGCCGCGAUGAGAGAUCAACAAGUCACCGUGACCCGAACGAGACCGGACGGCACUAUCGAGACCACGACGAAACAAGUUUACGGCGGCAGAGUCACCACUAACGCUCCCGCCGAAGGUAUCAAUGUGGAAGAAUACGAAUCCGAGCCUCGUUUUACGCGCAUGGUGACGCAGGGCCAGAUAGAAGACAUCCAGCCGGCCGAGGAGGAGAUGUUGACGGACGGCAAGUAUCAAACGAGAACGUCGAGCGUUCACGCGGUGGUGCAGCAAGUCACCAGGCGAAUCAUCAAGAGAACGCGCAAAAUCAUUCGCAAGGUUACCAUCAUUGACGGUAAAGAGGUCACCACCGAGGAGGUGAUCGAGGAACCCGAAGAGGUGGAAAUAGACGAGCAGAACAUACCGCACAUCAGUAUCAACGUGGUGAAGAGCGAGGAUCAGAAGACGAUAACGUUGUCGGAAAAAGAUAAACAAGAAGCAGAAACAAAACCGGAGACUUGCGUUACCGGCAGUCCGGUUCAGGGACCGUUCUUCGGCCCGUUCGCUAAGGAUAUGGUGAGCGCGCGAGAAACCGAAGAGCUGAUGACCGUAGCGGAAGGAAACGUUAUGACGAAAGUGAAAACGUUAGAAAUUGAUAAUAAAGAAGAACCUGCGAUCGAAGCGGCGGCUGACAAAGCGGAAAUCGAGGAUUCCGCGCGAAUGAUAGAGCGGGAAAAAACGCUUCUCUCAGAACGCACCGGAGCGGAAUCAGAACUUGCGGCUGCUGAUGAAGCUAACGAGGACGUUUCUGUCGAAGUGCGAGAUACAGCGCCGAAGGAAGAAGCAAAGUCGCCGACGGCGCGCGAAGACAAAGACGAAGAAACUUUUCCAACUGAGGUAAAUGGCGUUACGCGCGACAUCAAUCAAACCCCGAUUGACGCUGAACGGUCUUCUACCGUUUUGCAGACUCCCGUCGAAGAAACACAACCGGAAUCUCCGCCGGCCGAUGACGAACCGGCGAUUGCCAAGACCACUUGUAAGUCUGACGAUGAUGCACCAGUAAAGAGCGAAGCGUUGAGUAUCGAGCUAGAAAAUGGCACGGUAGAAGUAGAGAUGCACCAAGAUGAUAGAGGCACUGUAGAAGCUGAUAAAGAUGUAUCCGAUGUUGUUGUGUUAGAAAAAGAAGAGAGAAAGAAAGACGAAUCGCGACUCGAACGCGACUCCAAGGGCGAGGAAGACGCAGCGACGUUGCUUGAAAAAGCGCACAAAAGCGAAUUGAUCGUUUCGCGUCUCGAUAAACCUGACGAACCGAUCAUUUCGGAGAGCGCGGAAACACCUGCCGAGAAACGAGAAAACGUUUCCCCGGAAUUGCUCGCUAAGGAAAAGGAGGAGGAAGACAGUUGCAAGGACGAGGCGCUCAAACCGGAAUACAAACCGGUGUUUCACAAGCUCGAGAUCUCACUGGCCGUGCGCAACGAGGACGAGGAAACGGAACCGCUUGUGUCCAUUAGAACCCAAGCAGAACGACCCGAGAUCGCUCCGUACAGCAUCGUCAGGGAGGACGUGGACAUCAGUCUACCGGCUGACAGGGAAAUCAUGGAAGUGAUACACGACAAGAUCGUGCAAACCGCGUUUCUCACGGCCGAGAAGCAAACGGAAACCGCUCAGCGACAUGUGGCCACGAUGGAGAAGGAGAUCAACGUCAACAUCGAAUCGGAAAAGAGCAGAUCGUCGAUCGAUUCCGCGAGUCACAAGAGCAGAAAAAAGAAACGUCACAAGACGACAAAAUCUUUGGAAAAAACUGAAGAGGAUACUGACGAAUCCAGUUCUUCCGUUCCCACGUCGAUCGUCGAAUCCAUGGAGAUCAACAUCUCAUUGUCGGAUUCGUCGUCGAAACAGAUUAUUAGCGAGCAACCGCAACCGGACGUAACGGAGAUCGUGAAACCGGUCACCGAAUCGUCGCCGAUUACGUUGACGACCAACGAAACCGCGACCGAGAACGGAUAUCAACCGGACGAUAAGAUUCUGGACGAGUUGUCGGUCGAGCCUGAGGAUAAAGACAGCGCGAAGAAGAAGAGAAAGAAGAAGAAGAAGCAGAACGUUCGGUUCGACCGAGACGACAAUUUGACUCCGCUGCCCAGGACCAGCAGCGACGACGCAACGUUCACGACUGACGACAGUCUUCCUCUGGAGGUUCCCAAAUUGGAAGAAAUGAUUGAACAGGAUAAAACGAAGGACGACGUAGAAGAAGACAAUGAUGAAAUACUGGAAGAUAAAAAAUUAGAAGAGAAAGUCGAACUACGAGAAGAGGAUAAGCGUGAAAUCGCGCUGGACGACGCGAACACUCAGACAACUAUCGAGACGUGCGACGCGUCGACUUCGCUCACCCCGAAAACGGACGAGGAGAGGAUCCUGUCCACGUUCAUGCAAACGUCUCCCGAACCGAUUCCGCUCACGUUGGAGGAAGAGAUUCAAACGGCCAAGACCGAGGAAAUUCACAUCGAGACGCAAACGGUCGCGGAAUCCGGACUCGAUUUCAGCACGCAGACCGUUGACGAAGAAACGCCGCAAGUUGAAGACUCGGGCGUUCAAACUGCUACACCCACAAUGAUACCGACGGAAGACUUCGCUGCGCAAACCGUUUCACCGGACGACACUCCCACGAUCGUCCCCGCAACGGAAACGGAAGAUUUUCAAGCGCAAACGAUCGAGAUCGACGUUCUGUCCACGGAAAUGCAAACUUCACCGAUCGAAUUAGCUCCGAUGAUAGCGACGGAAACUCAAACGCCGGUGAACACCGUGAUGGAAAUUGAACAACAGACCACACCGCCACCGGAUAAAGUCGUCGUGCAGGAAACGGUUACUCAAACGUUGUCUCCCGAGGUGCCGGAACGUUCGGAGAAGAACGUGCAGACGAGCGCGCCAAUCAGUCCGGAGCAACCGGACGUUUCGGACGUGAACACACAAACGAUCGCGUCCGCGGAAUCGAACACGGAAACUCAAACAACGCCCAAGGAUAGUCCGCGAAAAGCGGAGGUGCAGGAGAGCGAAAUGCAAACGAAAUCGCCCGAACCGACCAAAGAGACGACGAUGCAGACAAGUCCGAUCGUAAGUCCGGAACCUGUGCCGGUUUGCGAAGAAUCUGCUCAAACCAGUCUCGAAGAGGUGAAAGAAACCACCGAGGAAGAGUCGCAGACCAGUUCUCCGCGAAAAACUCCGACCUUGGACAGUUCGGUGCAAAUAAAAACCGAAGAGCUGAUAUCUCGGGUCGAGGAGAGCACGCAGAACAUUCCCGAAACGUGUGAAAUAAGCGCGCAAACUUUGCCAAACGAAGAGAAGCAACCGGUCGAGACGGUGUCGGUGUCACAACAAACCGUGCGAGUUCCAACUUGCAGCGUUGUCGUGUCCACGGACAGUUUGGAGAUGGAAAAGCCGAAGGUUGACGAAGACACGCGCGAAACAUUCGAUUCGGCGGAAGCUGUUCUCGCGGAAGAUACAAAAGAGGAAGUUGCGUCUAAACAAUUAACAGACACUCCAGCAGCACCUGAUGUACAAGUACUAGAAAUCGUGAGUUUACCGGAGGAAGAUAAGGUAAGCGAUGCGAAGACUGUGGUUGACACCGAGCCUGUGUCAGAAAUCAUCAAGAUUUCGAAAGAAGACGUUGAAGAAACGGAAACUUGGUCUCAAAAAGAAACGAGAUCUCAAAUUCCUGAAAAAUCUCCAACGGAAGUUAGUCCAAGACCGUUGGAUGUUGUACAGACAAAAGAAUCCACGCCGUUCUUAUCGGACAAGGAAUCGUCGACCCCGGAUACGUCGCUCGAGAUCCACGUUCGCGCGACCAUAGAAUUGUCCGGCACCGACACGCUCGACAGUGUCGCAUCUUGCGACAAUCAAGAAACUAUUACCGAAGAAACUACCACUUCGCAGGACACAACAAUUGCCGAGAGUCUCAACGACGACAACGUCGCGCCAUCGUUGGAUGGCGCGAAAGUCGUGAAGCGACAAAAACGAAAGAGAAAACACAAGAUCGCGGAGAUCACCAGCGUGCCAAGAGACAAUCAAGAUCUCGAGUCGAUAUUCGGACAAGUCGUGGAGUCGCAGAACGUAGCGAUGAAACUGUCUUACUCGGACGUUGCCAAGAAGAACGUCAGCCGGCAAACGUCUCCGAAAGAUGGCGACGUGUUGGACGACACGGUGCCCGAACGCUCGCUUGACAAUAUGUCUCAGGUGAAACCGGACGAUGCCGCGUCGAGAACUGUGAUAGAGAUCGCGAGAGAAGAUGGAGAAGACAUUCGAAAACCAUCAGAUACCUCAGUUAUCUCGCAGACGAUGGAAUCUGCGAGCGAUCAGUUCCUGAACAACUCGAAUCACAACAUUCCAGAAGCAAGUUCCGUGGGAGCGACGCCAUUCGCGUCCGGCAGACCGAAGAUCGAGUUGUUGCAAAUGUCGUCGGACCAGUCCAAGUUGUCCGACGUUGUUGGUCGCACGCGAUCAUCGCCCGAACCCAUGGACACCACCGAGGAGCCGCUGACGCCAACGGAAAUCGAACAACCUAGUCUGAGUAAGGAAACCGUCAAGCCACCACCGUCGUCAUUCCAGACGGAAGUCAAAACCUACGCUGAAGUUAUAUCGGAAUCGCAGAAAAAACCUACAACCUCGUCUGGUCUCGUCAAAUCGUGCGAGAAGAAAGAAACCCACACGCGGAAAGAGUCUUCGGAGCACGGAGCCAAACCGCAGGGAACGCCGACGAUGCAGGCGAAACUAGUUACGGACAGAGUGAAGAAUCUACAGAACUCGAACGAUAUGAGUUAUCUGGGCAACAUCUUGCACAUCGCGCAUUUGGAGGAAGUGACCACGGAAAAAGUCGCGGAAGAACGUUCGUCGGACGUUCGCAGAGAACUGACUCAGUUGAAAGCCGCGAUUGACGAAAACGACAUGGUGAUCGUCGAGGAAACUCUGAUUACCGUGGUCGAAACGAUCUCGACCUGGUUGGAAACGAUCGAGUAUCGAAUCUUUUUGAACAGAGAGUGUCCGACCGGACCGUCUCACGAGGAUACCAGAACGUUCGUCAAGUUGAAGGACGAGGUUAAUCACGUGGAGGAAAAUAUUCGCGAGCUCGACGACAUUUGGAAGCGAGUGGAACCGAAUUAUUCGGACGAGGAGCGAAAGAAGCUGCGGGAAUGCGUGAACGCUCUCGAGCAUCAGGUGAGGAUAAUCGAGCACGUAACUGCCGACGAGGAAAAUCACGUUAGCACGCAACUCGCGAGAUGGGACGAAUUUUUGAACGGCGUCAACAAUGUGUACAGAUUGGUUGAGGAGCAACGCAAACAGCUCGAUCGCAUAAUCGAAAGCGAAUAUUCCACGCAAUGGAAGCUGCAGGAACUCGAUAAACUCGAGAACACGAAUCGUUGCCACAUGUGGAAGACGAGCGAACUUCUGAACGCCGCUCACGGAUUGUUGCGCAAUCAUCCCGGCAAGAUAAUACCCGAGGAAACUUACGCAGCUCACGAAAUGACGAAGAUCAUAGAUUACAGCGUGUGCGUCGAACGAGAACGUCUUCUUCAAUUGCUCGCUCUGGCCGAGGAAUACGAGCAAACGCUUCGAGAGUUCGCCCAAAUCACGGAGAUAGCCGAAAAUCUGCUGGACAGUCCGAUAUCCGUGAUGAGUCUGGAACAUCUUCAGGAAGAAAUGCAGAAGCAUCGAAAGUUCUUCGUCAAUCUGAAUCAUUGCCGCGCGAUUCUCGAGUCGCUGGAAGGCAACCUGGACCCGGAGACCAGAGCCAAACACUCCGAUCUUCACGAGGAACUUCAUGGCAAGGCGACGGCUUUGCUCGAUCAGGCGGCUUCGAGGGCGCAACAAAUGGCCCUGGCCGCGUCGCGAUGGAUAGUGCUCGAACAAGGUGUGAAGGAAGAGAGAGGAUGGCUUCAGGUCGCGCAUCAGCGUGUUCCCGAUCUUCAAACAGUGACUUCGAUCGAUUACGAUCAAUACAUUUCCUUGUAUCAGUCUCUGUCUUCGGACGUAGCGACUCAUCACGCGCGAUUGAUUAAAUUGCUCGGCGUGGCACGUGGUCUUCGCGAUCUCAUCAAUAUCGAAGACCCCGAGGAUCGAUACAGCGAGGCUUUGGACGUGAUCGUGCGACUCCAGGACGACAUCAAGUCGUCUCUAAGAAAACUACUGGCUUUCAGAGAAAAGUGGAUCAAUCAGGAAACGUUGACGAAUCGCGUGGAACACUGGAUGACCACGGCCGAGAAGGAGCUCGCCACGUUAAAAGCUCCGUCAGGAAGUUCAAUGCGUCAGUUUUGGGAAUUGAAAGCGCAAUACGAGGUCUACAACAACAUGCGCAACGAGGCGGACAACUGCUUCGAGCAGGCUCUGCGAAUCGUGCCGUUGUCGGACGAGAUGUUGCAACGUCAGUUUCACUACGAGUUGCAGGAUCGUUGGAACGACGUGAGCGACAGAAUCAACGAGAUUCAGAAGGACAUAACUCGCACCAUAUCCUCGGAAGACAUCUCGUCGAACGAGAAGCUGAAAAUGCUCGAGCGAGAACUGAACGAAUUGCGAAUGACCAUCAACGGUUUUCACGGCGUGCUGAAGACGGAAGAGGAACUCGAUCUGUACGUCGAGCGACUCACUGUGCUGUUCGACAGAAUCGUCGUUAUUCAGGACGAGAUAGGUCGACUUGGUCUGCUGCCGGCCGCGGAGAGCGAGAGAGUUGGAAUCUUGCUGUCGUCGGCUCGCUGUAUAGAGGGACAGAUAGGCGAGGAAUUGGACUCGGCGCAAUUGCUCAGAGAAAAGAUUCAGGCUCUGAAACGCGGACUCGGUCGUUUCAGAAAAGCUCACGAGAGAUUGUCGGCGAUACUUGAUCAGUGCGAGAGCAGCGAGAAGCAGGAGAGCGACUUGGUGGCCGCGGCGGUGGAUCGUUGCCAAUCGGUCGCCAACGAGCUGAUGGGCCUCUGGCAGGAUCUGAUGGCGCUGAGACAGAUGCUGCACAAUUUGCCGACCGGCAUGAGAGUGACGGUGUCGCCGGUUGGCAUAGAGAGAGAUCUAUCCAACAUACAGGACACGCACACCGAACUCGAGUCGAGAUGCGCUCGUCUGCUCUCGCUUCUGACGAACAGACUGGAAAUGUGGCGACGAUUCGAGAGACAGCUCGAACUGGUGCAACAAUCCGUUCAGGAAGCGGACUACAUGAUGGAGCUACUGACCGUCCAAGAGUCCGUCGACUACGACAGGUUGCUAAAGGCCACCGAACGACUCGAGUUCUAA